AUGCACGCGCCGAGCCCCGGCCUCCGCCCCCAAGGGGAGGCGAGGCAGGACACGCUCCCGGCCGCGGGAGGCUCGUCGGCCGAGAGGCUCCGAGAGGUGCUGCGCCACCUGCACUCCCUGUCCGCCAGGGACCCGCGGGAGUUCCGCGCCGCGUACCCCGCGGCGGCGGCCGAGGCGGUGUCGCUGGCCGAGCGGGCCGACGUGAGGGUCGCGGCGCGUGCGCCGCCCCUGGGCCGCCUGGGUGGGGCCCUGGGCCCGGCGGCCGGGAUCGGUGCUGCCGAGCAGGCCAGGGCCUCUGCGGAGCCCUCCGCGCUGCACUACGCGGCGGGCUGCGGCUGCCUCGAGGCGUGCUGGGCCGCGGCCGGCCGCUGCCCGGGGCUGCUGCUGGCCGGCGACGCCGCCGGGGGCACGCCGCUGCACUGGGCGGCCGCGGCCGGCCUGUGCGAGACGACGGCGCUGCUGCUCCAGCUGCGCGCCGACCCGGCGGCCUCGGACCGCCAGGGCCGCACGCCGAUGCACGCGGCCGCCGAGGGCGGGUUCCACCGCACCUGCGGCGCCCUGCUCUCGGCAUCGCGCGGGGCGGGGAGCCCCGCGGCCGCGUCCAGGAUGUGCGGCGGCCUCACGCCGCUGCACCUGGCGGCCGCGCGCGGCCACUCGGCGGUGGCGGCCCUGCUUCUGGAGGCGCGCGCCGACGCGCUGGCGAGGACCGACGAGGGCCACGUUGCCUUGCAGGUGGCGACCGCUGCCGGGUGCCUCGCUGCAGCCGAGUGCCUGCUGGCGGCCACCGAGGUGGCAGCUGCGGCGCAGGCCGAGCGGCGGCCUGACGAGGGCGUUGUGGCCUCGCCGGCCGCAGGAGCAGUUCCUGGCGGCACCAGGCGGUGGCGCGAGCAGAAGCUCCGCGACCAGUGGCGCGCAGAGUUCGAGCCCUCGUGUCGCGCGCUGCUGAACCUGCCCGCCUCCGAGGUCUUCCUGGAGCUCGGCAUGCCGCGCUUCCUGGGGGCCGACCACGCGUCCCUGCGCAUCGUGUGCCGCGUCGUGGACGUGCUCGAUCUCGUCAAGGGCUACUCGGUGGAGGUAGCAUGGGACCCAGACGGCCUUUCCGAGUCAGAGUUCCUGGAGCUCGACCUCCUCGGACCCGCUGUGCGGCAGCUGCGCUUCGGCAAGCGCAGAGGCCAGCCGCCCGCCGGGGACAUCGAGUUCGUGGUGCCGCGCCGCAGGGGCCGCGAGCUCGUCUGGGACCGCGGCCGCGCCACGCGCUUCCGCGUGCUGGGCCGCCUGCGGCCCGCUCCCGCGCGGGAGGCCCGCCUGGCCCGGCGCGAGGUGGCGUCCCCGUGGACCCUGCCGCUUCGUGUGCCUUGCUUCGGGCCCUGCGCCGGGCCGCCCUCGCCCGGGGCCUUGCCACCGGAUGCUCGCAUGGGGCUGCGGCGCCGGGCGCCCGCGCGGCCCGGCCUCGGUUAG